UCUGCCCAGCUGCAGCUUCCCAGCCGAGCAGGGACACCCCUCUGUGUGGGGCAGAGGCUUGGAGCCUGUGGGGCAGGAUGAGGAGCCUGUUCUGGGCUGGCUGCAGCUGGCUGCUGCCCCGGGGAGCCGGGAUCCGUGCUCCCAGGAUCUCUGCCGUGACCACCGCACAUCGCAGCCCGUGGUCCCCAGCUCUUCUGCCUGCCUCUGGCUCCUCGCCCAGUGUGUCUGUGGGGCUCCUUGGUUCCCCAGCCCCUCAACGCUGGGCCUCCCAGCUCAACGUGCCCCCCAGUGCCCUCAUGGUGGCCCGGCCAGCAGGGAUCUGCUCCAUGAUGAAACUGCCCAUCCAGGCAUCCGCGGAGGGGCUGGACGCGGCUUUCAUCGGCGUCCCCUUGGACACGGGCACGUCCAACCGGCCAGGAGCCAGGUUUGGCCCGCGCCAGCUGCGCGCGGAGUCGGCGAUGCUCAGGAGGUACAACGGCAGCAGUGGCGCCGCGCCCUUCGACUCCCUGCGGGUGGCUGACCUGGGGGAUGUCAAUGUCAACCUCUACAACCUCCCCGACAGCUGCCGCCUCAUCCGACAGGCCUACCAGCAGAUCCUGGCCUCUGGCUGUGUGCCCCUCACCCUGGGUGGAGAUCACACCAUAACAUACCCCAUCCUCCAGGCCAUGGCUGGAAAGCACGGUCCCGUGGGACUGGUGCAUGUGGAUGCUCACACUGACACUGGAGACACAGCCCUGGGGGAGAAGAUCUACCACGGGACCCCCUUCCGGCGCUGCGUGGAGGAGGGGCUGCUGGACUGCAGCAGGGUGCUCCAGGGUUUCCGGGUGGUCCCAGCUGAAGAGUGCUGGGGGAAGUCCCUGGUGCCCCUGAUGGAGGAGGUGAGGAGGCAGAUGGGUGACAAGCCCGUCUACAUCUCCUUUGAUAUUGACGGCCUGGACCCCGCAUACGCGCCGGGCACCGGGACGCCAGAGGUCGCCGGGCUGACACCUGCACAGGGCUUGGAGAUUAUCCGUGGCUGCCAAGGACUGAACAUAGUGGGGUGUGACCUGGUAGAAGUGGCACCAAUGUACGAUGUCUCUGGUAACACAGCCCUCCUGGGGGCAAACCUGCUGUUUGAGAUGCUGUGUGUCCUCCCUGGAGUGAAGACAAUGUGAGGGCACCUCCCACCCCAGCCCAGGCUUUCCCUCUCCUCUUCCCCUUGAGCAGUUGGAGCAACCACAAGCUUUGCAGUAAGGAAUAAAGGCCAUUUACCCCUAGAAGAAGUAAUUUGAAGCUGCUAAACUGUGGGUAGCAGAUGAGUUUAGAAAGCUCAUUUAUCCAGUGUCUGUGGCUUUUGAGUUUUCCUGGGAAAGGAAAAGAUGAGGCUGAGGGUGCUUUGCUUCCACAGCUGGAAUCACUAGCCUGGCUCACAGGGACUUGGGGCAAAACUGUCAUGGGGAAAAGGUUUUGUCCUCCAGCAGGAGGACAAUGAAGGAGGGGCAGCCCAGGGUGGCCUGGGGCUUGUUGGGAGAGUAGGGGAAUAUCAGACAUUUCCUGAUACAGAGAGAGUAGGGGGAUAUCAGGUAUUUCCUGAUACAGAGAGUAGGGGGAGAUCAGGUAUUUCCUGCUGGGGAUAACCAGGCAUCUCCUGUGACAGGAGUGGUUUGGUUAUACUCCUGGAAUUCCCAAGCUGAGGGUCCAUGGAAAAAACAGAGCCACCUCCUCCCCACAUUAAAAUAGUUUAUUUUGGUUGCGAA